AUGGAGCUGCGCCCACCGGCCCGAGCCGCGCCCGCACCGCGUGCGCCUUGGCGCUCCUCGGCGCAGACGCGGUUUGCACCGACGGCGCUGAAACCGCUGGCGCUGGCGCCGCUGGCGCUGGCGCCGCUGGCGCUGGUGCCGUUGGCUCGCAAGGCAAAGGAGAAGCAGUUGGAGGCGGUGGCGGAGGUGGGCCUCAAAGAGGUGCUGCGCUUUGUCUGGCCGGUGAUGCUUGCGUUCCUGGCAUCCACGCUGCAGGGCUUGAUCGACUCCGCCUUCGUGGGCCGCUGCGGCGGCGCGCUGCAGCUGGCCGCCCUGAGCCCCGCCACCAGCUUCCUGGACGGGCUUUCCUACCUGCUGUCCUUCACGGCAAUUGGCACCUUGAACGUUCUGGCCGCUGAAGGCUCCAGCUCUUCAGAGCGGGAGCGGCUGCUGUCCCGUUCCUUGGCGGUGGCGGGAGCCGUGGGAGCUGUCGCUGCGGUGGCGGUGAUGAUCUUCGCGCCCAGCUGCGUGCGCCUUUGCGGAGCCCGGGAGCAGGUGGUGCCCCUGGCGCGGGCCUACGUGGAGAUCCGGGCGCUGGGGCUUCCGCUGGACUCCCUCUUCAGGGUGGCCAACGCGGGGCUGCUCUCUGUGAGGGACUCGCAGACCGGGCUGAAGAUCGUGGGCCUGCAGAGUCUGCUGAACGGUAUCGGCGACGCGCUGAUUUGCCCCCACCUGGGCAUCGCUGGGGCGGCCAUCACCACGCUGCUGGCGCAGCUGGCGACGACGCUGGCGAUCCUGGGCUCAGUGCGCCGGAAGGGCCUGAUCAAGCGCUUCGUGCCACCCUCGCUGGAGGAUGCGAACAGCUUUCUGUUCUUUGCGUUGCCGGUGUGCCUGACAUUGACGCUGAAGGUGGCCUCUGUGCAGUUCUUGAGCGUGGCUGCCACUGCCAAGGGGGUGGUGGCAGCGGCAGCGCACCAGAUCACCAAGUCCCUGCUGUGGGUCUUUGGUUUGUUGGCCUCAGAGUCCCUCUCCUCCACGGCGCAGGCCUUCCUGCCGAGCUUUCUGCAGCGCCGCGACCGCAGAGGCGCCAAGAAGACUUUGGGCCUACUGCUGUCGCUGGGCGCGGUGGGGGCGCUGCUGACGGCGGGGCUGCUGCAACUCAUCGCCCGCCUGGGCGGCCUGCGGGUCUUCUGCGAUGACGCGCAGGUGCUGGCGGCCGUGCCGCUGGUCCCACUGUCCUGCUGCAUCAUGCUGACGCCCUUCACCUUCUGCCUGGAGGGCGCCCAUAUCGCCGCAACCAGGCAGCGCUGGCUGUCCCAGCGCCUCUUCCUCAUCACCUCGCUGGUGGGCCUGGCCUUGCACUCCAUGCGCCGGGCGACACUGGCCCAGACCUGGAUGGUCUUCGUGGUCUACUUGGCCGUGAGGGGCGUGUGGUACGCCUGGGGCCUGUGGGGCCGCAGCGGCGUCUUGCGCGUCCUGCCGAUCUCCUACCAUGGCAACACCUACAAUAUCCCGGUGACCAUCUACUUCGACCCUCCUUACCCGCAGCAACCCCCGCGCUGCUUCGUGACGCCCACGAGCGGUAUGGCCCUGAAGCCGAACCACUCCCAUGUGGACGCGGGCGGCAUGAUCUACUUGCCAUAUCUCAGCUCCUGGUCCGAGAGAUCUUCCACGCUGCCGGAGAUGGUCCAGCACAUGACCAGCAGCUUCUCGUCCUCACCGCCGGUCUACUCCACCACCACCGCUGCAAGGCCCACUGCAGAGCAGCAGGCCGCGCAGUCCGGCCAGGGCGCGCUCUCGGGGGUCUUCAACUUCCUUGGGAACCUCACUGGAGGCCAGGCCUCGGCGAGCCCCACCCCGGUGGUGACGGCCACGGCGGUGCCUGUGCAAGCGCAGCCUGUGGCCACGGUGGUGGCCACUCCCGUGCCCAGGCGAAACGAGAAAGAGGAGCUUGCGAAGGCAGUGACGGCCACCCUGAAGGAGCGGUGGCCUUCCGUGGUGGAGCCCUUGGCCGAGGACCUGCGCCAGCAGCUGGACAGGAAAAAGGAACUACAGAAGGCGCAGAAGGAGUUGGAGCAGGAGCAGACGAAAAUGAAAGAUGCAGUGCAGCAGGCGGCAGGGCAAAAGGCCCAGCUGGCGAAGAUGGAGCUGGAGCUGAGGGCCUUCCUCGAGGCGGAGGCAGGCCUCGAGCACGACCCAGACGCCGCGCUCAACUCCCUGGACGCAGACCGGCGGCAGGUGCUGGACUGCCUGUCUGAGGAGAUGGCUCUGGAAGAGCUGCUUACAGCCCUGGACGAGCUGCUGGCUGAGAAAAAGAUCGCGGCGGCGGACUUCAUGCGAGAGGUUCGGGAGGUGUCCCGUCGCCAGUUCCUGUGCAAGAUGAUGCGCCAGAAGGCGGCGAAGGCUGUGGCCGGCAGCGAGACGAGCGGACUUGCGGAUGUGGCGGCCAUAGAAAUCUCAGGGCUUUACCGAUGGCGCAUGCGACCCCGCUGCCUCCCGCAGGCGGAUGGGUUCGCGGGGCGCCGCGAGCGGAUCCGGGCGGGGUACCGCUUUUAUCCCGCCAUGUACAGGGCGGCCGGGCGGCACGUGAAAGAGAAAACGGCCCCGCUGGUCUUGCAGCCUAAGCUUGCUGGAGGUCUGGCAUAUGAGUUCAGCGCCCCAGGCGAUUCCGAAGCCAAGCUGGUUGAACAUCGCUCGGGCCCUGCCAGUGCCAUGCUGCUGGACUGGCUUGCGGACUGGAUAGGCGCGAUCGCGUUGCCUCGUGUUGCAAUAGCAGGGGAAUUGUGCGCCAUUUUACAGGUGUCGGCAUCGAUCUCCAUGGCAAGUGCCCAGAUUCCUUUGGUGCCCAUCUCUCAGCUCGCAUUGAAGCGGCUGCACAAGGUCGGCAAGUGCCGGCCUUGCCUCUUCACCCGGAAGCAGGAUGGCUGUUGGAAGGGCGACGCUUGCGACCACUGCCAUAUUUGCGAUGAAGCCCAGGCGGAUGCGGACUUUGCGGCUAUAUUGUGUAUGCCAAGGGUAUUGCUGUUGCUCGGGUUGCUCGGGUUGCUGAUGCGAUCUGCCGUCAAGAGCCACGAGAACCUGAAGGAUCUGAAGGCUGGGAGAGUGGAGGUGAGGGCGGAAGGAUUGAAGGCAUUCGGCAUCGGCAUGGUGCCAGGGGGCAGAGGUACAGGCCACCUGGACGCCACGCACGGGUCGCCCAGGUUUCGUUGCUUCCGGUUCGUUGCCUCCGGAGUCGCGCUGAGGUCCUUCUUGGCAGUGCCCAAAAUGCACCGCCUGGCCACAAAGGCUGUGGACAAGGCCGCGUGGUUUCAUGACGCCGUGGUGGACUUUCAGGAGACCGACCUCUUCUGGCAGGCGCGCCGCUUUGCGCGCCGCCACCUCGUCGCCGAGACCUUUGGCCUGGGCGUGGCUGCGGGCACCGUGCUGUUGCUCACAGCCCCGACGCCCAAGAAGAGGCCAAAGGCACGGCCAGAUCCCCGCGAGGCUGGUUUGGCUGAGCUUCGCGCACGCCGUGCCGGGCACGCACCUCCGCGGCGCACCGCCUCCCUGCCACGGGUGCCAAGAGCGCCCGCGGCCGUGGAGAUGAGGCGGCCGAAAAAAGCCGCCGCCGAUGACAUGCUGGACUUUGAGGAAGACCCAGGUUCGGAGGAAGGCGAGGUGUCGAGCACCCCCAAAGCCGCGAGGUGCGGUGGGGACCGGGACGGAUCGGAGCAGCUCGAUGGAGCUGGCGGUCUCUUCAUCUCCGGCUUGAGCUUGGCCUUCGAGGUGCUGCGAGAGCGGUGCGAGACGUCGGUUGGGGCGAACCCCGAACCCGAGCGCAGCGAGCCCAACCUGGUCCCGCCGGACCUAAGCCAUCCGUCUCCGUGCGGCGAAGUCCAAGUUGAUGCGGGAGACUUCCUGAUGUCAGGCCAUGACCCCACGCCGAAGGCGCCGGAUCUGGAGGCGGCGAAGGACGCGGAUGCCCGGGCCGCCACCCCAGAAUCGACCAGGCAGGAGACCGACCAGCUGGAGGCUGGUCCCUUCGAUUUUGGCGGCGGCUUUGGCGGUGGCGGCUUCGAUGACAUGCCUGGCCUUGGGGGUGGCGGUUUCCCAGGCGAUUUCGGUAUGCCCGGCUUCGACCAGGGAGGCUUCAACAUGCCAAAGCCAAAGCCACAGAACACCGAGAGUGACAACACGGGUGGCGGCAUGUUCCCAGGUUUUGACAUGAAUGGCAUGGCAGACAUGAUGAACGGCAUGAUGGGGGACGCCAUGAAUUGCAUGCAGAAGGAGCAUGACAUUUGUUGCAACGACGCGAACUAUCGCAAGACAGUGUGCUUGCCGCUCUGGUACUGCAUGAUUGGUAUGGGCGAAAGGGACUUUGGCCCGAUGCCUCCUUGCGACGCCCCCAUCCAGUUUGGCGAUGCCUCCAAGUGCAAGAAGGACGACCAGACAAUGCGCUCGGAUAUGCGAACUGCAAAGUCCAUGUGCUUUUCCAAGAUCCAGGAGCUGUAUGACCUGCAAGCCAAACUCGGGCAAUGCAUGGCUGACCUCGGCACUGAGAAGAAGAAGGUGGAGGACGAGCGGCAAGGCCUCACAGAUCUCCAGCACGAAGCCGAGGAAUGCGAGACGAAGAAGGCCGAGGAAAAGGCCAAGAAGUCCUUGGGCGAGGGCAGUGCUGGCAGUGCUGAGUUCUGUCCAGCAGAGGCUGAGGCGAUUCGUGCGGCCAUGACGACUUACACGGAGGCCGUGGGGAAGUGCGUGAGUCUCCAGGUCAGCGCCACAGUGCGCAUCCCAGAGAUCAACAUCAAAGUGCCGGAGAUCAAGGUCGGUGUGGUCACUGGGGGCUCCUUCAACUUGGAAGUGCCCGACUUCAGCGCGCCUGACUUUACGGGCGACAUCGUCGUGCCCGGUGGCGGGGGCAAGCUCAAUGUGGCGGUGGAGGGCGGUCAGGGCGGUCAGGGCGGUCACACGUCGGAAGCGAAGCUGACGUUUGAGCAGCGCGAGGCCAAUAUCAAGGCGGACAUCAAAGAGUGCGAAGAGGCCAAGCCUAAGAUGGCGCAGAAGAAGCAGGAGCUUGCUGCGUCGAAGGGCGAGGUUCAGAAGCAGAAGCAGAAGGCGUGUGAGGAGUCCAGCCUUCUCGAGGUCAGCGCCACGCCCGAAGCGCAGGUUGCCAUCCAGGUCUUCAGCAUGAUGAAGAUGGUCUGGACCUGUAGCGACGUGCAGGGAGCCAUUGAUGCGCUCAUCGCGAUCUUGCAGCGCUGCUGA